CAAUGGUUUUACACAUUGAAACACGUAACCACAAAUAGAGCUAAGUAAUACAGGAACGAGACGUAUUGAAGAAAGCAGCAUAAGUGAGCAUUUUCAUAUGGAAUAUAAACCUGGAUUACAUUUACAUGUAUUUCUCCUAUUGUUGUGGAGUUCAGCUUUUGCUCUGUUAGGGAAUGACGGAGGCUGGUCGUCAAAUUCAGAAUACAGUUUGACAGAUGAGGGUCCCUGCAACAUUGAUAUCUGGGAUACAGUUUCCUUGUCAUAUCGUGAGUUCAUCCAACAGUAUGCAUACUCCAAACCGGUCAUCCUUAAAGGCUUCUCAGACAAUACGAAAUUCCAGUUCUUGUGCUCCAAGUCCAGCCUGCUCCAAGAGUAUGGCGAUCGGAAGGUGAGACUCAGCACUGCCAACACCUACUCCUACAGGAAAGUGGAUGUGCGGUUUGAGGAGUUUGUGGACUUGCUGCUGAAGCCUCAGUCUCUGGACACGCUGGGCAGUGACACUCUGUAUUUCUUCGGGGACAACAAUUUCACGGAGUGGCACUCUCUGUUUGACAACUACAAGGCACCACCCUAUGUGUUGCCUCACACCAAAGGGGCUUAUAGCUUUGGUAUCGCAGGGCCUGGUACAGGGGUACCAUUCCAUUGGCAUGGCCCUGGCUACUCUGAGGUCAUCUAUGGCAGAAAGCGCUGGUUCCUGUACCCCCCUGACAAGGCGCCCCAUUUCCACCCCAACUACACCACCCUGUCGUGGGUCACAGACAAGUACCCUUACCUAACUGAAGAGGAAGCACCCUUUGAAUGCACCAUCCGGCCAGGAGAGGUGCUGUAUUUCCCUGACCGCUGGUGGCAUGCAACGCUCAAUUUGGACACCAGCGUCUUCAUCUCCACCUUCCUGGGCUGACACCUCGUCUCCACUGUCCGUGCUGCAGACUGGUCAUCAUUAAUUUCUCAUGGACCAAAGCCCUGUUAGAAUACUUAUACAGAUGAUUCCUUUCUCCUGCAGAGCAGGGAGAAACGUACUUGUAAAAGUGCUGUAAAAGGUGCAGAAAUGGCACUGCCUGCCAAUACUAAACCGGAAACCAGACAGUAAGUUAGAAAACGCUGCAUUUCUAAAUGUCCUCUCUGUCAUUGUAACUACUACGUUGGUCGACAGUUCGGGGUCAAAGAAACAAAACUGGGAUGUUGCUUCCUUACGACCAACAGAACUUGAGUGUAAUAUGUUCCGUGAAAGUCACACCCACUGGUUAUUCAGCCCCAGGUUGCACUUAUGGGACUAUUUCAUUGGUUUUAUUUGACCAGGCCAAGAUCAGAGCAAAUAUAUUUACUUGAUAAUAAAGUACUUGAAACCCAUUUCUAUCUCAA